CGUCAUCAAUCCGCGCCGCGGGUCUGUUGUGAGUUGGCUGAACAGUUACAGAAAGUCCAAAGGGACGGAAGAACUGGUGAAUCCUUGUGACAGGCUGUUAUAAAGAUGUCAUUUAUUAAAGAGGAGAGUGAAGACGUGAAGAUCGAUGAAGAAUUUACAGUCAAACAGGAAGAUGCUCAGGAACAAACAGACCUGAUGGUGCCAAAAACGGAGAAUCCAGAACUUAAUGAAGCGGAAGAGAUUAGUCGGAAGGAGAAACGUCGUGAUUCUACAACUGGAGAAAAACAGAGUGCAAAGAAAACCUCACAGAAAAGAGCUCGAAAAAAAGCAGCUAGAAAGGGCAUCACCUGCCAACAGUGCGGAAAAACCUUCUAUCGAAACGCUAACCUGAGAGUCCACAUGAGAAUCCACAAUGGGGAAAAGCCGUACACCUGCUCUGACUGCGGAAAGAGUUUCUAUCAACAGGUAAACCUCAAAGUCCACAUGAGAACACACACCGGAGAGCUGCCGUUUGCUUGCCAACAGUGCGAGAAGAGAUUUAAUGAAAAGGGAAGCCUUAAAAGUCACAUGAGAAUUCACUCCGGAGAGAAGCCUUACUCCUGCCCUCAGUGCGGAAAGAGCUUCAAUCGAAAAGGAAACGUCAAGAUUCACAUGAAAGGUCACACUGGAGAAAGGCCUUACAGCUGCCCCCAGUGCGGAAGGAGCUUCAUCCAGAAGAAAGAUCUGAAUUGCCACAUGAGGAAUCACACUGGGGAAAGCCCUUACGCUUGUAAACUGUGUAGGAAGAGUUUCGCACAAAAGGUGCAUCUUGAGGCUCAUGUGCGGAUCCACACCGGAGAGAAGCCCUUCAUAUGUAGUCAAUGCGGAAAGCGUUUUGCGCAGAAGGGAACCCUGAACACCCACAUGAGGAGUCACUCCGGUGAAUGUCCGUACACCUGCAACCUGUGUGCCAAGAACUUCACGCGGAAAGAAAGUCUUGUAACUCACAUGAGAAUUCACACGGGGGAAAGGCCGUUCAUAUGCGGUCAGUGUGGAAAGUGCUUCACACAUAAAGGAAACCUUAACGGCCACAUGAGGACUCAUGCUCAAGAAAGACUUUAGUCCUGCCAUUCUUGCAGGAAAGACAAGAAAAGGAGCACAAGGCUAUUAUUGAAAGAGUUUCAUAGGAAAGCUUUAUAAAGCUAAUAGAUUUGGUCCUUGAUCCUGAUGCGCUGAUUCCAGCAGUGUGCUGGAAGUUAACAAGAAAUAUUUUUAUUCUUUCAUUCAUUUAUUUUUUGCCGCUUUUCCGGGGCCGGGUCGCGGGGGCAGCAAUCUUAGGAGAGAACCCCAACUUCCCUCUCCCCAGAUCCCGAGGUGUUCCUUGUCCAGUCGAGAGACAUAGUCCCUCCAGUGUGUCAUGGGUCUUCCUCGAGGCCUCCUCCCGGUGGGACAUGCCUGCAACACCUCCCUAGGUAGGUGUUCAGGAGGCAUUCGAAACAGAUGCCGAGCCACCUCAGCUUCUGUCGCUGUAGAGGAGCAGCGGCUCUAAUCCGAGCUCCACCUGGGUGACAGAGCUCCUCACCCUAUCCAUAAGGGAGCGCCCUGCCACCCUGCGAAGGAAACUCAUUUCGGCUGCUUG